AUGGCGCCAUCAUCUGGCGGAAAGCGGGAAGCGGAUGCGGGGGGGUCUGGAAAGGGAGCGGGGGGGAGCGGAAGGGGUUCAGGGGGGGGGAAUCUUACCCCUGAGGCGGCGGAGAAGCAGCUGCAGGCGCGGUGGGAGCGGAUAGAGGAGGCGCUGGGUGAACUUCCGGAGGAUGACGAGGCGGAGGAGAAACUGAUGGCUCUCAAGGGCAAAUGGUUUACGGAAGCCUUUGCCUUCCUCUCUGCGCGCCCCCCCUCCUCCCACCUGUGGUGUCGCCACCGCUCUCUCACUCAACCGCUCAUAGAACCUUUCUACCACUACCACUCCGGCCCGCCCGACACGCGCGCCACUCUGCACGCGCUCUGGGCGCGCAUGGCUGGGGAGAUGCGCGCCUGCACGCGCUGUGUGGCCAGAUACCACGCGGCCAAGCGGGUGUAUGAGGAGGAAUAUGUGGAGGAAGUGGUGGGGCCUGUGCUGGAGACGCUGAGGAGGUUGGAUGAGGAGAGGGUGGCGGGGGAAUUGAGGGUGCUGGUGGGUCGGGCGGGUGGCGGGACGGGUGGUGGUGUUGGAGCCGGUUCUGGGGGUGUUUCGAGUGGUGCUGGCAGUGGCAGUGGUGGGCAGGUGCUAGACGCGGAAAGGGACGGGCCAGGAGUUAUCUGCUUAAUGUUUGAGCUUCUCAUGUACCCGCGUGUGCUGGAGGACGCAGAGGUGUUCGCUCUCGCUGGCCCUGCACUGGUGCUCGUAGAGAGACACUUCGAUUUAUCCCUCACUCCGGGACAGAGAUACCCGGUGAGUCUGUGGGGAGGGCAGGGGGUGAUCUGUCUCAUGUUUGAGCUGCUCAUGUACCCGCGUGUGCUGGAGGAUGCAGAGGUGUUUUCCCUCGCCGGCCCUGCUCUGGUGCUCGUGGAAAGACACUUCGACUUAUCCCUUACCCGGAGCUGGUUCACCUCAAGCUCUCGGCUGGUAGGGCUGUCACUGGGGGAUGCAGAGGUGUUUUCCCUCGCUGGCCCUGCUCUGGUGCUUGUAGAGAGACACUUUGACUUGUCCCUCAACCCAGGACAGCGAUACUCAGACCUCAGCAAAGACACUGGAGCCAUGGUGUAUACCAUCGUCUAUCAUCCUCCUUUCCCCCCUCCCCACCCCUCAGGAACAGCAGCAGAUUUGAAGCCCAUCGACCCUCUCCUGCAGCAGUGCAUGCACGCUCUGGAAACAGCAGCAGAUUUGAGACCCAUCGACCCUCUCCUGCAGCAGUGCAUGCACGCACUUGAGUAUGACCUCUUCGAUACAGGCACACCCGCUACUGGCACGGGAGCAGGCUCGGGAGCAGGCACAGGAACAGGCUUGGGAAGAGCCGGUGCUGCUGGUAACGCCACUGCCCCUGCGAGUGCGCAAGGGGGAGCAGGAGUUGGGGGUGGGAGGGAAGGAGGCGAGCGGCCUCGUGUGGUGCACUCAAAGGAGGACAUGUGGCAGGGGCUUCUCACCAUCACUGGACGAGGGGGUGGUGGAGCGCUACCCUGCCUGUGUGCUCUCCUCCUCCCUCAUGCCGAUCGCCUUUCCCACCUGCAACCCUUCAACCUCUCUCAACCUCUCCCAACCUCUUCCAACCCCCAUCCCCUUCGCAGCCUAUCCCUCAUGGCCCCUCCAGCUCUGGAUGAGGGGGUGGUGGAGCGCUAUCCUGCCUUUGUGAGCAUAGUGCUGAACCACGUGGGGGAGGACACUUCAGUGUUCCGACCCGCCCUAGCUUGCUACAAGCUCUGGCUGCACUCGGCCUUCCCACCCGGUGUCGUUCGCAACACUCUCAUCUCGCAGUGCUUCAACUCCUCCCACGAGCCCACCCACAAGCUUCUCCUUGACCUCCUGCCGCCCUUCCUGCAGUCUGUGGAAUCGCUGGAAACGGAGGAAUUCGAGAGGCAGCGGCGCAGCAUCCUCUUCUUCCUGCUCAUCCAGCUGCCCAACAGUCGCAACUUCAGCACCACCACCAUCAAGAUCGCCCGCCGGAUUGCAUUCAGCCUCAUCCUCCAUUCCUACCUCCUCACUCCGCCUCUCCCUCCCACUGACUGUGCUGACAUCUGGGGGCCGCCCCUCGUGGGGGCAGUCAAGGACGCAUCUCUCCCCGACCCCCUCCGCCUUCCUGCCAUCCACCUCGCGCAGGCAAUCAUCACUGCCGAUACUUCUGCCCUCACCUCCCUCGCUCUCGCCCGAGCUUUCGCUGGUGCUUCGGCACUAGGUCCGGGCUCAGGUCCGGCUGCAGGCUCGGGGUUUGCUGCGGCAGGUGCGCCGAGCGUGUUUUCGCGGUCGCUGGUUUGCCCAGGGGAUGGGGAGGAGGGAGGGCAUGGAGGGCAGGGAGGGGAGGGAGGUGGUGGUGGUAGUGCUGGUAUUGCUGGUGCUGCUGACACCAGCACAGGCCAAAUUUCCUCUUCCUCCACCGCCUCCCUCACCCCCUCCUCCUCCUCCUCCACCUCCUCCUCUUCCUCAAUCUCGGAGGGUUUGCCUCAAGACCAGCUGGACAGGCUUGCUGAGGUGGCGGCAGCAGAGAGCGACAGGUGGCAUUGUGCCCCGGCGCUCUGGUUGGAGCUACUAGAGCGAACUCCCCCCCAGUGGUUACCAAAACCGUUACUCAGAGCAGCGGUUUGGGCGGCAGGGCAUUUCUGCCUCUCGGCCUCCGCCGCUGCUGCUGCUGCUUCUACAGGUGCUGCUGCUUCUGCUGGUGCUGCUGGUGCUGCCGGGAGUAAACUCGGCAACCCGGCGGUUACCAGCAGUGCAGUGGUUACAGCGGCUCUGCACUGGAGGUUGGCUCCUGGGGCUGGGGGAGGGGGGCGAGGGGCGAAAGCUGGGUGUGUGAAUGCGGUGGCAGCAGCAGAACAUGAGGAGGAGUUGUGCGUCAUUCUGCAAAGGAGCGUGUCCUCUUGCCUUGUCCAGAUCAGAGGCGCCAAUCGUCUCAAGCUGCUGACGUGGCAUGCCAGCCUGGCAGAGCCUCUCAUCUUCCUCCUCAUCGACUCCCAAUUGCCCAACAGGGACAUGGCGCGUGAGCUGCUCACCUCCCUCUGCAGGGACCACCGCAUUGACCACCAGCUCGCCUUCCUCGCCUCCUCCUCUGUCUCUGCCCGUGGGCUCGUUCGGGCAUUCGCCAAGGCGGCUGCUGUGUUGUCCCUGGAUCCCACAGGCAAGCAGGCAUCGAUCAUCCAGGGCCUUCUAUUCUGCCCCUUCCGUUGCCGUGCUCCAGUGCUCCCCUUCGUCGCCCCUUCUUUUCCUCAUCUCCGCCCCUUCUCUCCCCAUGCCCCUUCCAUUCACCAGCUCUCCCUGGAUCCCACAGGCAAGCAGGCAUCAAUCAUCCAAGGCCUUCUCUUCUACGCUUCCAAGCUCCUCGGCCCACCCUCCGCACACCUCUCCUGCAUCUCUCCACCGCACUCCACCCCUCUGCCCAGCCCCUCUCCUCCCUCACCCAGCUUGGGUGCUAAGUCUGGAGGUUUUGGGAAGGGUGGGGCUGGAGCAGGGGUAGGGGUCGGGGCACAAAUGGGGAUCAAGAAGUUUUUUACCAAGCCAAGUGGGACAGGUGCUGCUGCUGCUGCUGCUGCUGCUGCUGCCGCGCCUGGUGCUUUUGGUGGUGCCGAUGGCACUGCUGCUGCUGGUGUAAAACUGGAGCAGCAACAUGAGGAGGGGAGGGCGAAGGAGAAGGCAAGGGAGUGGGAGCGGGAGGAGAGGGUGAGGGAGGAGGUGUGGAGAGCGGUGGGGUGGGAUGUAUCUCGUGUGCUGUGGCCCAUGGUGGCUUUCCUCGUGUGGCGCUGCAGGGCGUGUGCUGAUACCAUCACCACUGGCGGCCAGAAGCUCGUCUUCGUCCGUCUCUUUGAGAUCCUGCCCCUAGCCGUCACCCACCUCCUCGUUCCUCCCUUAGAGUCUCACUCUCUUCCUUCCCUUUACACCCCCCUCCUCCUUCCCUUCCGUCCCUGCCUUUCCCUUCAACAGAAGCUCGUAUUUGUCCGGCUCUUUGAGAUCCUGCCCCUAGCCGUCACCCACCUCCUCCCUUCCUCUCGUUCCACCACCACCUCUGCUGCUGCUACUGGUACAGCUACUGCCACUGCUGCUACUACAGGCACCAGUGCCCUCCCCCAUCCAUCUGCCCCUGGGGUUUUCAAAAAUUCCAGUAUGGGUUGCGAUGGUAAACUCUCUCUCUUCCCCCUCGCUGCUUCUUCCCUGGAGAUUCCGAACCUGCUGCUGGAACGGAGCAUCGGCCAGACCUGGGGUGGAGGCUCGGUAGGGGUCCGGACCGCAUGGUUCGGGGAUGGAGGUAUGGGUGGUGGGGGGCCUGGAGGGAGAGAGGAGGAAGCUGAUUGGGUGGCUGACGUGGCAGCUUGUGUGACUGUAAAGGAUGGGUCUAUACUGCAUCGAUGGGUGGAUGCUUCAGCAACAGUGCUCAAGGCGUUACAGGUUAUGUGGAACAGCAUCACUGGUGGUAACCAUAUUAUAGAUCGUAACAAAAGUGGUGACGGUAUUAGCAGGAACAACAGUAGUGGUGGUAGAGGGGGAGGUGGGAUUUCAGGGAGGUGGAAAUGGGCUGUUCUGCUGAGGGAUUUCUGUAGCUGCCUGAUUGCUGGGAUUAAGCUAAGUGUUGGUGUGAGUUUGUCUCAAGAGCAGAAGGAUAGGCUUCUGGCAGCAGCACAGCAUGCAGCGUCGCUUGUUUCAGCUUUGGAUGCCGAGCCUCCGCCGAAGCAGCCACUACCGAACCUGAGAGUUCCGUCCGUGGAUGGGGGGGUGGUGGAUGGGGAGGAGGGAGAGGAGGAGAGUGGGAGAGAAGGGAUUGAUGAUUUGAUUUACUUGUUUAGUGACGACGAGGAGGAGGAGAGGGGUAAGGGGCAGGAGGAAAGGAAGGGUGAGGAUGAGGAAGAGAGAAGGGGAAGGUUGAGGGAGGAGAGAGUGGGUUGGGGUGGGGGUUGGAGUGUUGGAGGAGUGGAAAAGGGGACUGCCGGUAAGGGGAAGGGAGGAAUAGUCGAGACUAUAGAUCUAGACGAAAUUGAGGAGGUCGGUUCUGGGAUGGGUGCUGGUGGGAUGGAUGCUACAGGGGUGAAAGCAGCGAAGCAGGAAUUAAAGGGAGAGGAGGAGAAAGAGAGAGCGGGUGAUGCGAGUAUGGAGGAGCUAGCAGAGGAAGCGAUGGAGGAGGACGAGGAGGAGGACCAAGAGGAGGAGGAGGAAGAAGGGGAGGAGGAGGAAGAGGAGGAGGAGAUGGGGGAGGAGGAUGAGGAGGAGGAUGAGGUGCCGAUAGGGCAGCUGAAGCGAGGCAGUGAAGGUGGGGCCGCAGAGGCUGAGACUCCAUCUGGGGAAGGUGCAUUUGCAAAGUCAGCGCCUUCCUUUCCGUUCUCCGCAGGCGCUGCAUCCUCCUCCUCUCAUGCUGCCUCUCCCUUUUCCUCUCUCCUUUCCUCGCAAGCAGCAAAGCAGCGGCGCCGAAACACUCUCGAAAAAUACCUGCGCACGCAGGUUGCAGCAGCCGCUGGUGCUGGCGCUGCAGCUGGUGCUACAGCCGCCGCCGGCACAACUUCUGCUGGCACUGCAGGUGCAGGCAUGGGAGCAUCGAGUGCAGGGUCAAGGCUUGGAGCAGGAGGGGUCGUUUUCAAGAAGCCGCGGAGCCUUCUAAGCAGAAAGCCAGGUGUAAUGAAAGGGGCAGGCAGAGGGGGCAAGCUGACUGCGAUUCGAGAGUCGCACAAGGCAGAGGUGGAGCAGAGGAACAGUGCACUGGGGGACGUGCAGCGGCAAAUCAGAGAGCGACAGCUGGCGGAGAGGCUGAAGCAGCAGCAGCAGCAGCAGGGAGGGGCAGGGGGGGCUGGUGCAGCAGCGGAUCCGUUUGCGUUUACUGUGGAACCACCCUCGGGUGCAGGUUUAUCUGAUGCAGGCUUAUCUGGCAAAGUGCCUAUCCCACCAGCAGUGGCACGUUCAGCAGCCGCAGCAGCAGGGGCAGGCGGAGCAGGAGCAGGAACAGGAGCAGCAGGGGCAGCAGGGACAGCAGGAGCAGCAGGGGCAGGAAAAGCAAAGGCACCGGUGCUUCUAGAGGUGUUAGCAGAUGAUGACUUGGAUGCAGAGUUGGAGAGAGAAGCAGCAAAGGCAAGGAGGCCAGGUGGGAAGCUUUCGAUAGGUGGUUUGGAGGGCAUGAACCGCGUUGCAGACCAGAUCAAACGCCACCAGACCAUCGCACUAGGCUCGGACCGGACCGGCCCGGCAGGCUUGGCGGGUAGGCUCGGCAUCCAGGACUGGAUGGCUUGGAAGAAGCCGCCGCUGCCGAAGCUAGACGAUUGGUUCCGGAAGAUCCUGGCUAUGGAUUAUUACGAGGUGGUGUCCGGUUCCGAGCCUGCAGGUUCGGCGAGCCGGGGGUUGGUUCGGGUGCCGGACGAGUUUGGUUCGGUGGCGGAGUACGUUCGGGUGUUCCAGCCACUAGUCCUGGAGGAAUUUAAAGCGCAGCUUCGGCGAUCGUACGAAGAUGCUGUAGGUUCGGGUGGGGGCGGAGGAGCGGGAGGAAUGGGAGGAGCGGGAGGAGCAGGAGGAGGGGGAGGAGCGGGAGGGGGAGCAGGGGAGAGGAGGGGAGGGGCAGAGGUGGCAUAUGUGGGAGCUCUAAGAAUGCUGUCGAUAGAGAGGGUGGAUGAUUUCCAGCUUGCGAGGUUCAUGGCCGAACCAGGAGCUUCAUCAGGGUCCCGGGCGUUCUGUGGGGAGAAUGAUCUCGUGCUGCUCACUCGGAAAGUGCCCGACCACGCUGCUGCUGCGGCUGCUGCUGCGGCUGCUGCAGCUGGUGCUGCAGCACAGCAGCUUCAUGUGCUGGCCAAGGUAAGAAUAAUUUCAUGUGAGAGUGAUGUGAGUGGGGUGGGACCGUUCUGUGGGGAGAAUGAUCUCGUGCUGCUCACCCGUAAAGUGAUCGACCAUGCUGCUGCAGCAGCAGCUGUGGCUGGUGGUGAUGCUUCUGCAGCAACGCUUCAUGUGCCGGCCAAGGUAGAGCGGUGGGAGUAUGAAAGGAAGUCUCGGGCAAUGAUCAUCCAGUUGCGCCUCUUCCUCCCGCCCACUGCCAAACCCAAUACACCUCACCCCACCGCACCCCACUUUCACCGUCCUGCUAUCUCUUUUCCCCAGGUGGAGAGGAGAGAAUACGAGAGGGAGUCUCGAGCGAUGGUCAUCCAAUUACGUCUCUUCCUGCCACCCACCGCCUCACCCCGCCUCGCACGCUGCAAGCAGCUGAUGGGGGACCGCAGCUGCUGGCACGUCACGCGCAUCCUCUCCCUCGUGCCGCACAUGCGCGAGUUCCAGGCGCUCGCUGCUGCCCAGUACCUGCCUCUGCUGCCACCUCUGCUUAAGCCCAGCUGCUUCACUGCUGCCACUUCUGGUGCUGCUGCUAGUGCUGGUGCUAGUGCUGGUGCUGCUGCUGCUGCUGGUGCUGCUGCUAGUGCUGGUGCUGGUGCUGGCACUGGUGCCGCUGAUGCCACUGAUUCCCACGCUGCAGCUGCAUCCCUGGAAGGAACGCCCCUGCCGCUCUCUCUCAGGCACAAGUACGAGUCGCAGUUCAACCGGCAUCAGCUGCAAGCCAUACGACAGGCCGUUGGAGGGAACAAGGAUGGAAUCGGAUCAACUUGCAACGAUUCGGCCUUCAGCAGUGCUGCUGCUGGUCGUUCUGCUGCCACUGCCGCUGCUGCUGCUGCUUCUGCUGCUGGUUUUGGUGCCGAUGGUGGUGGUGGGAGUACCGAGGCAAAUCGGCAGCUGGUUCUAGUGCAGGGUCCGCCAGGCACAGGCAAGACCCGCACCAUCGUUGCCAUCAUCACAGCCUUACUAGCCUGCAAGAAAAGAGUAAACUCUGGGAAUCAGGAGCACUCGGGAGCAGGAGAAGACAGGGGUGUGGGUUGGGAUUUGAAAGAGCCGAGGGUUAGAUGGGCUGGGAAGGGGCCGGGGUUGAGGGGUGGAGGAGGAGUGGGAGGGAGGUUGGGUGGGGAGGGGAAAAGGGUGAGCACUGCAACUGCUAUGGCGCGUAUGUGGCAAGAUGCUGCUGUUGCCAUGGAUUUGGCGAGAGGGGGGAUGAGAGGAGGAGUGAGGGGAGGAGUGAGGGGAGGAGGAGGGGUGAGUCGAGGAGGGGGAGGGGGAGGAAGUGGUGGAGGGGGAGGAGGAGGGGGAGUGGGAGGGGGAGGGGGAGGGGGAGGGGGGAAGAAGCAGCGGGCGAGGGUGCUGGUGUGUGCGCAAUCCAAUGCUGCAGUGGACGAAAUCAUAUCUCGGAUCUUCCGAGCCCAUGCAGAAACAGACAAGGAUGGGGAGGACGAGACGGCGCGAUCUCAGCCGUCGGUUGUGCGCGUUGGGAACGCAUCAGCCGUCCAUCCGGACUCCCUGCAUAUUCACAUUGACACACUAGUGGCUAAGAGGCUAGUGAAAGAAGCAGCAGCGAGAGGUGUGAAUGUAGGCAGUGGUGAUAGUAACGAAGGGGGGAGAGAGGGUGGUGGGGGUCUGAGUGAGAAGGAUUGGAGGGAUGUGUUUGGUGGUGGCGCUCGUGGUGGUGUUGGCACUCGUACAAGCACAGGCAACGCUGCUGCUGGUGCGAGUGGUGGUUUAGGAACUGAGAGUGCUGUAAGGGAGAGAGUGGCGCAGUUAAGGCAGCAACUGGAGCGUGCCUUCGAGGUGAUCAGAGCAGUAGAGGCACUUAGAUGCAAGAAACGCGCAGGGGAGGAUGGGGAGGGUGGGGAGGAGGGAAGAGCGGAGGAGGCGGAUGGAGGGAAGGGUGGUAGUGCGAGCGAGAGGAGAAGGGAGGGUGGAAGGGGAGGGGGAGAGGAGGAGAAAACGGCUGAGGAAAUAGCAGAGGAGAUAAUAUCGCAUGGGGAGGAUACUAUUAAAGCGAGGCUUAAUCUGCUCUAUCGGAAGAAGCGGGAAAUUUCGGCUGACCUGGCAGCAGCGGAGAAGGAGCGGCGGGCAGCUGCGGAAGAGGAUAAAGCGCGCCGGGCAGCGGUGAAAAAAGAGAUUAUAAGAGAGGCAGAAGUUGUGGUGACUACAUUGAAUGCGUGUGGAGGGGACGUGUUUACUGCCUGUUGGGAAGGGGCAGGGGAGAAGGGAGGGAGAGGGGGAGGAGGAGCAGAGAGGAUGGGUGGUGCUGGUGGUGGUGGGAGGUUUGGAGGGAGUGGAGGGAUGGGAGGGGGGGUUCUGGGAGCGAGAGGGAGGGGAUGGGGAGGAGGUAUGGGGGGAGGAGUGAGAGGAGGAGCUUCAGGUGGUUUUUCAGGUGGAGGGUCAGGUGGGGUGCUGCCGUCGUGGAUGGAGGGGUUGUUUGAUGCAGUGGUGAUCGAUGAGGCUGCUCAGGCAUUGGAGCCAGCCACACUGAUUCCCCUCCAGCUGCUCAGUCGAAUCAGCAGCCGAUGCAUCAUGGUGGGCGACCCCAAGCAGCUGCCAGCAACAGUCCUCUCUCGUACCGCAUCCAACCUUCGUUACGAGCGCUCGCUAUUCGAGCGACUGCAGACGUCUGGUUACCCGGUUACCAUGCUGUCCACACAGUACCGCAUGAACCCCCACAUCUCCCGCUUCCCCUCCUCCUUCUUCUACCAGUCCCUUCUCUCUGACGCUCCCUGUGUCACCGCCCCCUCCUGGUCCUCCCCCUUCCAAGCCUUAUCAUCCAAUUACCCCUCGCCUUCCUCAUUACAGUCUGAUUCGUUACAGGCUGAGCAGCAGCAGCACAGUGUGGGGUCAACAGCCCCGCUGCUUCCAUACUGUGUAUUUGAUGUGGAGGAUGGGGUGGAGAGGACAAGAGGGCCAGCAGGAGCGCCUUCUUUGUGCAACGAGGCGGAAGCAACGGCUGCUCUGGAGUUGUACCGCCUGCUGCAGCUACGGCAGCAGCGCAGUGUGGGGUCAACAGCCCCGCUGCUUCCUUACGCAGUGUUUGAUGUGGAGGAUGGGGUGGAGAGGACGAGGGGGCCGGCAGGUGCAUCUUCUCUCUGCAACGAGGCGGAAGCAAUGGCUGCUCUGGAGCUGUAUCGGCUGCUGCAGCAACGGUAA